CCCGACCGGCCGCCAGCACAGCCGCGCACUGACUGGCGCCCGCUGUCCGAGGAACAGCACGAUGACCGCCGAGGAGACGAAGGCUGCAGAGAGCGGAGCGCAGUCGGCGCCGCUGCCCCUCGAGGGGGUGGACAUCAGUCCCAAGCAGGAUGAGGGCGUGCUUAAGGUCAUCAAGCGAGAGGGCACAGGCACGGAGAUGCCCAUGAUCGGGGACCGAGUCUCUGUCCACUACACGGGCUGGCUGAUUGAUGGCACCAAGUUUGACUCCAGCCUGGACCGCAAGGACAGAUUCUCCUUCGACCUGGGGAAAGGGGAGGUCAUCAAGGCUUGGGAUAUUGCUGUAGCGACCAUGAAGGUGGGGGAAGUGUGCCACAUCACCUGCAAGCCAGAAUACGCCUACGGUUCCGCGGGCAGCCCUCCCAAGAUCCCUUCCAAUGCCACGCUUGUGUUCGAGGUGGAGUUGUUUGAGUUCAAGGGAGAGGACCUGACGGACGAAGAAGAUGGCGGAAUCAUCAGGAGAAUCCGGGCUCGGGGGGAAGGCCACGCCAAGCCCAACGAUGGCGCCCUCGUGGAGGUUGCGCUGGAAGGGUACUACAAGGACCAGAUCUUUGACCGCCGGGAGCUCCGCUUUGAGGUCGGCGAGGGGGAGAGCGUGGAUCUGCCUUGUGGGCUGGAGAAAGCCAUUCAGCGCAUGGAAAAAGGAGAACAUUCCAUCGUGUAUCUCAAGCCCAGCUAUGCUUUUGGCAGCGUUGGGAAGGAAAAGUUCCAGAUCCCACCAAAUGCUGAUCUGAAGUAUGAGGUACAGCUCAAGAGUUUUGAGAAGGCCAAGGAGUCCUGGGAGAUGAGUUCAGAGGAGAAGCUGGAGCAGAGCACUAUAGCGAAGGAGCGGGGCACCAUGCACUUCAAGGAAGGCAAGUACAAGCAAGCCCUGCUGCAGUACAGGAAGAUUGUGUCCUGGCUGGAAUUCGAGUCGAGUUUCUCUAACGAGGACGCACAGAAGGCGCAGGCCCUUCGGCUGGCCUCCCACCUCAACCUGGCCAUGUGUCAUCUGAAGCUGCAAGCCUUCUCGGCUGCCAUUGAAAACUGUAAUAAGGCCCUGGAACUGGACAGCAACAACGAGAAGGGCCUUUUCCGCCGGGGAGAGGCGCACCUGGCGGUGAACGACUUUGACUUGGCACGGGCUGAUUUCCAGAAGCUCCUGCAGCUCUACCCGAGCAACAAAGCCGCCAAGGCCCAGCUGGCUGUGUGCCAGCAGCGGAUCCGCAAGCAGCUGGAACGGGAGAAGCAGCUCUACGCCAACAUGUUUGAGAGGCUGGCUGGGGAGCAGAGCAAGGCCAAGGCCACGGCUGCGGGAAACCAGCCUGCUGACACGGAGAUGAAGGAAGAGCAGAAGAACGAUGUGGCAGGGGGCCAGCCUCAGGUGGAGGCGGAAGCUUAGCCCCGCCCAGCCCUGCUCCCGGCUGCCUGCCCCCUCCUCCCUACCCUACUCCACCCUGUUAGUUUUGUAAAAACUGAAGAACUUUGAGUGAAUUAGACCUUUAUUUUUCUA